CCUGGAAUGCCUGGUGCAGGAAGGAGAAUUUCAUUCGAGGAGCCAGAGGAGAUAGAGACCAAGAUGGUGUGGCUGGCUGAGUGAGAGACCAUGGUGGAGCCAGUGGAAUGGGAAACCUCUGGAGUGACAGCAGGGCUGGAGACCUCUGGGAUGCCAGCAGAGUUGGUGACCUCUGGCAUGCCAGCCAAGCAAGAGACAUCUCGAUGUUGGCUGAACUGAAGAACAUAGGUCAACAGGCAAAGCAGAUUGACCAAGUUAGAGCCGAGGACCAGGAAGAAGCCAGCAGAGGUUGUGAUCUGGCGCAGCUGUUAACCAUGGUAGAGGAGAAAGAUGGUGAAUCCAGUGUGGAUCCUGCAGAUGAGGAAGGGCUUUCCAGGCCAUAACCAAGGAGCAAUUUUUGUGGCCAAGAUCAGGGAGAGAAAUCCAGUAAGCUGGCAUUACAAAAUGUCCCUUGAAGACCAUCUUGGGGAAAUAGGGUACUGAGAUGUUAAUUAAAUCCACCAUGAUAAAACAAAUUUCCUGGUGUGUGUUCCCACUCAUUCUUCAACUCCUGAGGUCUGUCCUUCUCAGCUGGUCCAACCCGACAACCCUCUUCCUCUGCUGAUUCUGUCCAGUCUCCCUGCUCUAAAUCCUCCACCGGUCCUGUCCGGUCCAGUGUGGAAAAACAAAGAAAUUGUCUGUCAUUUUUACCCUAUUGUUUGUCAUAUUUGUUUGCUUGGUCAGUGUCUUUGUGUGUUUUGGUUCAUCUGCUGUUAUAGGCACAAAGAACCUUUGAAAUAAUUUGGCGAAGUGAUAUGGAAAUGUAAUGCGUUUGACAGACCUGGAAUUAUUUGAGCUGUGUGUUUACUGGAAAAUAACUGCACACCUUAGAAUGCUCAUCAACCAAUCAGAAUCAAGAAUUAAACAGCCCUGUGUUAUAAAGAUUUUUGAACUAUAAAAGAAUAAAAAAAAAAAGAAUUUUGGUGUUGUUUUAUUUUCUAGCUGGGUGAACAUUCUAUUAGGUGUGAAUGCUGAAUAAAAUCAUAGAACACAGAAAAAUGGCAAUUAAAAGCUUUGUUCCGCAAGGUUACAGACUGCUUGUUAAAAGUGCAAUAGUUGAAAAAACACCCAUAUUUGAUUCAGGAGAUGUUUUCAUCCGAAGCAAACUACAGAAAUGUACAUAUAGACCUUCACAUAUAAUUCAUACUCAUCAUGUAGGUCAAUAUGUAUAGAUUUUCACAACAGAUGCAAAAACGUCGGAUGUCAGUAAAUACUGUGUAGCAUUUUGUGUAUAUAUGUUAUUAACAGGGUGUGUGUUUGUCCUGUCAAUAUGUGUUCUAAGGAUUGUUUAUCACAUUGCAUAACAUUUUCCAUUUUAAAUUUAAGAAAAUAAUUGGUCAAUUAACCACACUAUAAACAAAAUGCUACACAGCAUUUACUGACAUACCACUUCAUUGCAUCUGUUGUAAUGAAAUUUUAUGUCAUACUAAAUGUCUAAUACAUUUUAAUGUCACUCUCACAUUCCAUUGCACACAUAUCAGUUCAAUUUCUACCUAUGCAAACUAGAACACUGGAGAACUGUACAUAAAUAUUUCAAGAUGAACAGAAUCACAGUUCAACCCUGUAACAUAUGGAAACAUCAUAUAUCAUGACAUAUUUUCAUGGCAUUUCACUUUAAAAUUGCAUUACUUUCCUUUUGAUUUUGUGGUGAAAUAUGACACAGACAUGGUUCAUGUUCCCAGCAGAUACCGGGAACAUGAAAAAAAAAAAAAAAUCUAUAAAGGUGAUAUAUAUACUGUAUGUUUCUGUCAUGACAACUCUCGGGGUGUUUGGCAUGGUAAUAGAUAUGACAGUGUUGAUAUGUUUAGUCUUGGUGGAAUAGACCUGCUAUGCUGCUGCUGAUGUUGCUGUAGAGCAAGUGCAGGACUUGCUACUGUCAAUACAUACACAACACGCUGCUGUGAGCAAGUAAGACACGCUGCUGCUGUACAAUAUACGUGAAUUACCCUUAGCAGAUUGAUACAGGUGGAGCUGGGGAAGGUGGAGGUUUUCUGAAAGCAUGCUGCAUCUGCUACAGCAAAUGCUGACCAAGAAUUUGAAGUUUGAGCAGCGAGCUCAUUGGCUACUGAUACAGCAGGAACUAAUCAGCUGUGCUCUAUAGCGAAUGAUGUGAUUGCAAGCAGAUUGAGAUCAGAACCUAUCAGUCUGCACCAUCUAGAGUUUCAUGACAAAACUAUGAAUACAUUUGCAUUAAGGUGAGUUUUUAGAUGAGCCAGGAUUUUUUGCUCAGCUCAUUUUCCUCACAUUAUCCUGCCUGUUAUCAAUGAUUGGAAAUCCUUUAGAGCCAUGGGAACUCAGAUAAACACUCCACAAACAUUGAAAUAAAUCACAUUUAGGCAGAUGAGUAAGAUUGUGUUCUGUCAUCUACACUAUUGAAGGGAUGCCUGCUGGAACAAGCCCACACGAAACGCGAUACAGUUCAGGUGACGUAUAUUACAGCGUGGGCUGCUCGCAUUAAGAUUUUCCCUUUCGGAUAGCAUUACUCAACUGUGAUGCAGUUACCUUAAGGGACAGAAACCUGUUGUGAAUGUGCUAAUGUGCCUAAUGUGGCCUGAAAGACUGCACCUGCUUCUGAAAUCCUCAAGCCAUACCGGAACAAUGCAGCCAAAUGAUAUGCCUAGUACUACUUAAGGCCUCUGGUGUGUUUGUGACAUUGACAAGACUUACCUGUGCCUGUGAAUGAAAGAAUGCUUCUCCUAAGCAAGAUGAGGUAAUACCAGGGUUUUUUCCCAGUUAUGUGGAUACUGGUCUGGCAUGUCUAUCAAAGACAGCUGAUGUUUGCUGCCAAAUUCAGGGUUUUUACUGUGCUCAGCCCUGGUCACAUGUACAACCAGUUUGUAAUUACACUGAUUUCUGUUUCACAAGCAGAAAUUCUUAUAUUUCAUUCUUACAGCACCAGAUCCCUCAAGACAAAACAAUUGCUUCGAGCUAAAACACUGAAUACCAGUUCCAUGAAACAUCGAUAGUGUCUUACAUCGAGAACGGAACAAAACGUCAUGAAAAUCAUUCAGUUAUUUUCUUUAUAAAUGUUCUCAAACUGUUCUCAAUUCUCAGUCCUACAAAUGAAUCAUCACAAUGACAAGGAUUAUGAAAUGUUCAGUUGCAAAAGAGCCUGUAUGGGGGGAAGAUAACAAAAACACCCACAUGAAAACUCCCUGUGUUUUUCUACAUGAAAGACCAUUGAAUCAGCAGUGCACCCCACUGAUGUCAAUGCGAUCAUUUAUGGCAAGCACAUAUAUAUCCCAGAAGCCUUUUGACAGACUCCUUGAUCUUUAGAGUCGACAAUUCACAGAAAAUAGAUCAGGAUUGUGUUGAUAAAUCAAAACAUGCUUUUAAAAAAAUAAAUGAAUUAAUUCAUAAAAAGGUUUCCUCUCAGUAAGCUCCCAAAAUUAGAAUGCUUUGCCUUCCUACACACCGUGAAGGACUUGAUUCAGUACAGCGAGAAAGAAGUCAUACGCGUCACAUUUACAAAACAUCGCUUCUGUCAGUGAGAAGAAGAUAGAAUCUGUCAGAAAUAGAAACUGUCAACUUUAUCUCAGUGAACUAUGAACUCUCUGAAAGGAUAGACACACAGGACGAAAGAUAGAGGGGAAGAGGUGUGUCCUCGGUAUGUCAGACAGGUUUACUGCCUCUGGCCAGUGAGACGCUAUUAUUAUUUGCAUGUGAAAACUUGAGUCCCCACCCUUCACCAGGUUCUCAGCGCUUCUCAUGUUAAAACACAUUCAGGUUUUUUUUUUUUUUCUUUCUUUCUUUUCUUUUUCCUGAGACUAACCAAUCCAUUUCGGCUUGAGACAUACCUCAUCUCUACUGGUACAACACGGGAUAAGAAUGCUAAGAGACACUGCAUGAUGAUUUUCUCUUAAGUAGCAAAGGCUGUACGGCGUUUUGAGGAAUCCAAAUCAACACCGUGAUGGAAUCCGAUUUUUCACUGCUGUCCUCCUCAAAGGGAGAGUUCAAGGCAGAAGAUUACAUACAGCCGCAUUACAAGGAAGCGUAUCGGUUAGCCAUCGACUGCCUAGUCAAAGAGGGAGAAGUUUCUUAUCAAAAUUUCAUCAAAGAGGAAGGCAUAUGCAGUUUCCUCUCUGAGGACGAAAUCAACCAUAUUACACAGAGCGCUGUACAGCCACCCGCAAGCAACCAAGAGGAAUUGGACUGCCCACAGGAUGACACUUCCUCCACGGGUACGUACUGGCCCACUCACUCUGACACUGAUCCGCCAAACCUGGAGUUAGGCUGGCCAGAAGUCCUGCACCGAAGGCUCGAGACCAGCAUAGACCUACUCUUCCACCCGCCGAGGCAAAACAGCCCCACUAUCAAGGAAGUGAUCCGCAAACAAAUACAGGAUGCCAGGCAGGUCAUAGCAAUCGCAAUGGAUAUUUUCACAGAUGUGGACAUCUUUAAAGAAUUGGUAGACGCCUCAGUCAGGGGCGUUCCUGUCUACAUUCUCCUCGACCAUAAACACUUCAAAAGCUUUCUCACUAUGAUAGAUAAACAAGACAUCCAACUCCAAAAACUCAGGAAUAUGAGGAUCCGCACAGUGAAAGGACAAGAAUACUGUUGCAGAUCUGGAGUAAAGUUUCACGGAGCAAUGGAGCAGAAAUUUCUUCUUAUUGACUGCCAAAAAGUGUUUUAUGGAUCAUACAGCUUCAUGUGGUCCUACGAGAAGAUCAACCUCAGCAUGGUUCAGGUUAUAACUGGCCAAUUAGUGGAGACUUAUGACGAGGAAUUCCGGACAUUGUACGCUCGAUCGACAAUCCCAGCUCCGUUUCAGACUGCCAGCGUGAACCAGUGUGAGAUGAAGCCCAAUGGCAAAAUGGACGGCUAUUUGAUUAAUUCCACCAACCCCUUUGAAAGGAAAGAUCAUUUAAGGCACACACUUGACGCUGUUUACCGGCAAGCCUGUGAAAGGAGGUCAGGAUUUUCGACAUUGAGAGAGGUUGAAGAAAGGCCGCUUGUUACACCGCAUGCUCGAUUCCUUCAAGACACAUCAGAGUUUUACAAAAGACACAGCUACGCAGGUGAACGCCAGGAGCCUGUAUAUCUGUCGAAAUUGUCCAAGUAUGGCUGUAGCAAUUGGAAUGUGGCAGCAGAGACCAGUCGUUACGGCGGUUUCUCCAACAAUGCGGAAAACCAGUAUGAAAGUUACGUCACCAACCCGAUGUUCAGAGGCUCAAACAUGCGCCAAUCGUACCAUGGCCAUGACAAACAAAUUCUCAACAUGAGGCAAAACCUGCCCAGUUUAGCAAGUACUUCUAAGUCUUUCCUUCGGACAUGGAGGAUAGAGUCUUACCUCAACAACGACAACGAUGCACCUUAUGGAGAGAACUACGAUUAUCUAGACCAAUACGAGGAGAAUAAAUUGGCUCCUCCACAACAUUCUCGCCUCAGGUCAUCGGUUGUUUUCACGUCCACCAUACCGGAACAACCAGAGACGAACAGCUACUCCAAUAAUUCAGCGUCCUCCCAUCACGAUCCAGCACGAAUUCAGUCAAAUGCUCAGAUAUAUUCUUCAACACAGUGGAAUCAGACAGCACAGCAUGAUGACUUCAUGCUAAAGAGGCGCAGUUUACAGAUUUUAGAAAACUCAGGGAGUAACAUGUCAUAUAGCUCCGGAAGGGAUUCGGUAUAUGCAAGUUUAAACCGAGCCAAAAGUAGAUUUGGAAACAAGGAGCGUGACUACCUGCAGGAGGACCGAUACAAGAGGCACAGUGUGGCCGAUCCCAGGUGCAAUACAUACAACGGUGACAUGAACGGGCCUUCCAGUUACAUGUACGCAUCUUUACCUAGAAGACAGAAAAACUGCAAUGUGCCUGCAAACGAGAAUCCCAGAAAUGGAGCGUACACUCCGAAUUUCAAAGAGGACCAGAGGUCCGUCUCACAUGAUGAUUUCAAAAAGGCAGAUGAGAACACAACUACCUCAGGAAACUUAUGGCAAGAGCCUCCUGUGAGAACUGUGUCAGAAUCGCUUCUGGACCAAGAGGAAAGUCAGCCUUCGAAACCAAACAGUGAAUCAUCACAACGCUUCUUGAAAAGGAGCACUAAGAAAAUAAAAUCCCUUCUAAACAUCCCUCAGAAGGGGGACAGCUCACCGAAAGGAAAGAAUGCACAAAGUCUCAAAAUGGGAAGCAGCACGGAUACCAUUCUCUCGGAUUAUGAUGACAAGAAAGACCAUGGCAGCACUGCCAAUUCCACCAAGUCUGUUGAGAGCAGCCGACUGAAGCGAGCUAAUGGGAAGAUCCCUGGAGCUGAGAAUCACUCUCCCGGCCUGGUGGGAGAAACAUCUGCGCCUCGUUUUAGCACUGAAGAGCUUCAUCCGUCUCACCCUCCUGCAAGUGCAGAGGCUUCCAAAACACAGGCACAAUCCUCGGUUGUUGCUCAGAAAGAGAAGACAGACUCAACACUACCAAGAUCAGAUCUGUUGCCAAAGCAACAAGUAUCAGCAAACAGGCUGUAUAGCAGAUUUGAGCCGCUUUGCUCAUUUGAAAGCACGCGUCCCACAGCAGGCCAGCCUGCCUAUGUGUCUGCGCAGAGCCACGCAAAUGAGAAAACAAGGAAUACUGUCUUUCUAAGAAGACAACCAAUGAAUAACCAUAACACUUAUACAAACCAGCAGACACAGGGACAAGACAACAGAUUUGGCCGUUUCAUGCAAAGGGUUGGAAAUUUAAUACACAAGAAUAAGUACUGAAAUGUGCCUUUUCUGCACCACUAGACUGACCAAAUGGAUAUGCAAAAAUUGCACAAAUAAUUGUUUUCAAACAGUUUUCUCAAGCACUACCAUCCGCCUUCCAUUGGUCAGACAUUUCUGCCUCCAACUUAUGCCAUUGAUUAAGCCAAGCUUGUUAUGUCAGACUAGUUGAGAUGCUCAUGCUUAAAUGGUUUGUGUAAAUUGUUUCUGCAUAAUUAAAUUGAACAGGAGAAAGUAUUUUCAGAUCCAAAACGUUAGACACUUUGGCUUUUAAAAAGUAGAACAGUGCUGUUUACUUGAAUGCAUUAUUGCUAAUGCCAGUGUUGAAGGUUUGCAAUAUAACUGGUGGAAAAUGCUGCAAAGACUAUUACACUGUUUCUUUGUACUAGUAUUUUUUAAUAAUAAUAUUUGUCUUAAGGGCAAAGGAUGUCUUGAGUGGGGAUAUGGGCAGACUGGCUUUAUAAUCUCUGUCACUUGAAUGAAUGCAAUUAUAAAACAUUAACUGAGGAUGAAACGUCUAAUAUGGUCUGAUUAAAAGCUUUAGUAAACCAUCCAUACAAUCUUAAAUUGCACUUCAGCCUGUAAAAAAGCUCUCCCAAAAUAACCCAGAUUGUCAUGGUUAAAUUGACAUUGAAAUGCUGGAACAAAUGCAAGAUAAAUAAAUGCUGGUUUGUGGGUAAUUGGUGCUUAGGUAUCUUUAAGGGUGACUAACCAUACUGGCAUAUACUGCACUGGCUUUGCACUAUAGGUCAUGGUAUUGUUUGUCUUUGUAUUGUUUUGUAUUUAAGAUAUGUUAAUUAAUGGCUCUAAUUUCACAAAGUGCACAUGUAUAGUAAAGUAUAUCAAGGACAAAAAAUAUUAAAAUGCUGUUCUCUUACAAUGUCAGGUCCAUUUUUUUUUUUUUUUUUUUUUUUCCUUUGAUCACUGUUGCUUGUAACCUAACAGGGUAUGAAAUAAAUGAAUGGACAUGAAAUUGAUUUAACUUGAAA